AUGAAGGCAGAUGUGUACAGUAUGAAGACAGAUGUAUACAGUAUGAAGACAGAUGUGUACAGUAUGAAGACAGAUGUAUACAGCAUGAAGACAGUUGUGUACAGGAUGAAGAUAGAUGUAUACAGUUUGAAGACAGAUGUGUACAGUAUGAAGACAGAUGCGUACAGUAUGAAGACAGAUGUGUACAGUAUGAAGACAGAUGUGUACAGUAUGAAGACAGAUGCGUACAGUAUGAAGAUAGAUGUGUACAGUAUGAAGAUAGAUGUGUACAGUAUGAAGACAGAUGUAUACAGUAUGAGGACAGAUGUGGACAGCAUGAAGGCAGAUGUGUACAGUAUGAAGACAGAUGUGUACAGUAUGAAGACAGAUGUAUACAGUAUGAAGACAGAUGUAUACAGUAUGAAGGCAGAUGUAUACAGCAUGAAGACAGAUGUAUACAGUAUGAAGACAGAUGUGUACAGCAUGAAGAUAGAUGUGUACAGUAUGAAGACAGAUGUGUACAGUAUGAAGACAGAUGUAUACAGUAUGAAGGCAGAUGUGUAA